CUUUUCAGUGAUAAUAAAAUAGAAUAUUUUUACUAUAUCUUCUUUUAAGACAUUCUCCAUUUUCUCCAUUUUGAUUCACUUGCAGAGACUCUUCCAUAGAUAUGGUGGUGACCCUCUUGCAGUUCCAUCUAGCUGUUGCAUCUUUAUGAUUUUACCUGCCACUGCUUUCCCGUUCAGAGGGCUUGUGAUUGUUCAACUACAUAUUCAACGGCAUUUAAGUUAGAACUUAGAAGUGGUGUCUUGAAAGGACCCUAUCUUCAUUGCAGCAAUGAAAGGAAAGAACAGGAGAAGUGGUGGUGCUAUUCAGAUGGAAUACCUCAUUCACAUUCAGGAGAUUAAGCCUUGGCCCCCAUCACAGUCUCUAAGAACCCUUCGUUCUGUAUUGAUACAAUGGGAGAACGGUGAACGCUAUUCGGGGUCUACCGGUCUUGUUUCGCCGUCCCUUGGUCCUAAUUCUAGCGCUGGUGAGGGGAAACUUGAGUUUAAUGAGUCAUUUAGGCUUCCUGUGACUCUGUCAAGGGAUGUAUCUAUACGAAAUAGUACUGCUGAUGUGUUCCAGAAGAAUUGCUUGGAGUUCCACUUGUAUGAGACUCGAAGAGAUAAGACUGUUAAAGGGCAGUUGCUGGGGACUGCCAUCAUAGACUUGGCAGAUUGCGGCAUACUUAGGGAGACCUUGAGCAUUCGCACGCCGUUGAACUGCCAGAGGAACUACAGAAACACAGAUCCGCCGCUUUUGUUCAUUCAGAUUGAGCCUGUUGAAAAGAGUCGCGCUAGGUCCUCAUUGAAGGACAGCUUGUUGAAGGAGGUGCCUAAGGAAACUAAUGACAGGGAAUCUGUGUCAGCAUUGAUGAAUGGAGAGUAUGCUGAGGAAGCUGAGAUUGCCUCUUUUACUGAUGAUGAUGUUUCCUCUCAUUCGUCUGCGGCUGCAGUCACUACUUCCUCUGAGUCUAGUGCGUGCAUGCCUCCGGAACAUGAAGAGAAUGGACCAUCUCAAAACAGUGGUAGGAAUGACAAGGAGCAUCACUUGGCAUCAGAGACAAGAGUUGAAAAGUUGAAUAUCAUGCAACAAGAUGCAUAUGAGAGACUGGAGAGGAGUUCUUCCUAUGUGUCAUCUAUGGAUGUGUCCUCUGAGGUUGGGAGUCCAGUAAAUGGUCAUACGUCUAUGACAAGCACUCCCAAUCAUAAAUCAAUGACAAACCCAAAGCAGGUUGCUUCUUCAAAUGCUAAUUCUUCCCCAACCUUGGAGGAAAAUUCUAAGAGCAAGUCCAAAAGCUAUGAUCAUGAACAUUUGGACCAAGAGGACUUUGAAAAUGUUGCCAAUUGUAGAAAUAUGGUUACGGGUGUUCAAAUAAACAGUAAAGAAAGUGAUUUUGACAUGUAUUCUAGCAAUGCUACAUCUCUAGAUAGUAAUGGCCUUGUGGACAAGAAUCCAAGCUUUGGUUCAGAAACAAAAGACAAAUUAAGUGAGAGAUGCGAGGAAGCUGACAAAUGUUGUCUGAAGGAGGGGGCAGGUGAUAAGCAUGGAAAUGAAACGUUUCAUUAUGAUAAGCCAUACCAUUUUGAAGAUGAAUCAAUGGCACAAGAUGCAAAAGAUCCUGUUCCAUUGAGUAGCAAUUCAUAUUCUUUAGGUGGGUCAGAUAAUGGUAUGAAAGGUAAUAUUCUGAAAAAUGAAAGAUUAAAGCAUGUGAAGUCUGUAAGGUCAUCAGCAGACUCAGCCAGGAUUAUUGGGUCACUUGGUAGCAAUCAUCUUGGUGAAGUAAAGGAAAAUGGUGUUCAUGGAGAUGCCCAAAACAGUGGAGGGAACAUCAGAAGCAUUGAUAGAAAAGAUGCCAAGAUUUAUCCAAGGGAAGCCAGAAAUGCCAUUUUAGACAGCAAGGUUGAGCACUUGGAAAACAAGAUAAAGAUGCUUGAAGGAGAGUUAAGAGAAGCUGCUGCUAUUGAGGCUGCUUUAUACUCAGUAGUGGCCGAGCAUGGAAGCUCCAUGAGUAAGGUUCAUGCUCCAGCAAGGCGCCUUUCCAGGCUGUAUCUCCAUGCUUGUAAAGAAAAUCUACAAGCAAGAAGGGCUGGGGCAGCUAAAAGUGUUGUUUCAGGAUUAACCCUUGUUGCUAAGGCAUGUGGAAAUGAUGUCCCAAGGUUGACAUUUUGGUUGUCUAAUUCUAUUGUGCUGAGAACAAUUAUAAGCAAAACUACCAAAGAGAUGACAGCAUCUAAUCCUGCUGGGACUAGUACAAGAAGGAAGAAUGGAGAAGGGAAUGGCAAGAUGACACAACCAUUAAUAUGGAGGGGGUUCUCUCCUAGGAAAAGCGAAAAUACAGUUUUUGAAUAUGGAGGCAUAAGUAACUGGGAUGACCCAAAUGUGUUCACAUCAGCAUUGGAAAAGGUGGAAACUUGGAUCUUUUCACGCAUUGUGGAAUCCAUUUGGUGGCAGUCUUUGACUCCACAUAUGCAGCUUUCUGAUGCAAAGGUCACUCGUAAGGAUUCAGUGAAAAACUAUAAAAAUAUGCCUAGCUCAUUUGAUCAAGAGCAGGGAAAUUUAUCGCUAGAUAUUUGGAAGAAUGCAUUUAGAGAAGCCUGUGAAAGGCUUUGUCCAAUCCGAGCCGGAGGGCAUGAGUGUGGCUGUUUGUCUCUGCUGCCUAGAUUGAUAAUGGAGCAGUGUGUGGCAAGAUUAGAUGUUGCUAUGUUCAAUGCCGUUCUUCGGGAAUCUGCCGAUGAUAUUCCAACAGAUCCUGUAUCUGAUCCCAUCAGCGAUCCCAAGGUUCUCCCCAUUCCACCUGGCAAAUCAAGCUUUGGAGCUGGUGCCCAGCUAAAAACUGCGAUUGGUAACUGGUCUAGAUGGCUGACUGACCUAUUUGGUAUGGAUGAUGAUGAUUCACUUGAGGAUAGAGAUGAUGAUGACCUUCACAGUAAUGAUGGAAGUCAAAAUACAUCCUUCAAGUCCUUCCAUCUUCUUAAUGCAUUGAGUGACCUCCUGAUGCUUCCUAAGGAUAUGCUGUUAAAUGCAUCCAUCAGGAAAGAGGUGUGCCCAAUGUUUAGUGCAUCGCUAAUUAAGAAGAUUCUAGACAAUUUUGUCCCUGAUGAGUUUUGCCCUGAUCCAAUUCCCAACGAUGUUUUUGAAGCUCUGGACUCUCAGGAUGAUCUUGAAGAUGGAAAUGAGUGUAUCAACAACUUCCCAUGCAAUGCAGCUCCCAUUGUAUAUUCGCCUCCACCAGCAGCUACUAUUACAAACAUUACUGGGGAGAUUGGAAGUGGAUCUCAGCUGAGAAGAAGCAGAUCUUCGGUUGUCAGAAAGUCAUAUACCAGUGAUGAUGAGCUCGAUGAAUUAAAUUAUCCAUUAUCUUUAAUAUUGACUAGUGGCUCCUCACCAGCAUCAACAAAGCACAAUUGGAAGUGGAAAGAAAGUCGCGAUGAAUCUGCCAUCAGAUAUGAGCUCCUUAGGGAUGUUUGGAUGAACAGUGAAUGACGUUUUGCACAAAUUAGAUGUCACCUUUUUCCUGUAACAUUUCUCGGGGGUCACUGUAAAAAGGAAGAUAAAUAUACUCUAGGUUUAACAGAGCAAAAACACCAAGUAUUGAAAAUGAGAUGGUGAAAAUAGCAUGCAAUGCAUAUAAAUAAUGUUCUAGUCUUCGCGUGUAUCGUACAAUAAGGUCAUGUGAGUUAGAUUAAAUUCUGAAUGGUUUAUUUAUGUGAUUGGUUUCAGAUUC